GGAGAGAGAGAGAGGAACGCGUAUAUGGUAUAUCUGUAUGCAACUCUGUUUAUAGAUAUGUAUAUCUGUGCAAAUAAAUACAUGAGGAGAGAGAGAGAGGGAGUCGGAAAUCCAACAGGCGAUAGAGAAGAUGAAAGACAACAAUAAUCCAAAACCAUUCUUCAUACCAAGAUGUUUCUUAUUUUCUCUCCUCAUAUCCAUACCUUUCCUCCUCCUUUUCUCCCACCGGACCUCCUUCUCCGCCCUCACAUCAUCCGCCGCCGCCGUGAACCGCCAAUCGGAUGAGGAGGGUCUCAAGAUCCGGCCCGGUUACGCGUCCUACGAAUCCUACAUCCAGCGCCAGCUGAACAAGACCCUCAACCCCAAGCUCCGCAAGGUAUGGACCACCCGAGACUGGGCCAGAAAGAUCCAGGUCUUCAGCGCCUUCUUCAGCGAUCUCAAGCGCGCCGCCCUGCUCUCCAACUCGUCCAAGGCGCUGUGCAUCGGCGCCCGGAUGGGCCAGGAAGUGGAGGCGCUGCGGCGGGUCGGGGUUUCUGACUCCAUCGGCCUCGAUCUCGUCCCCUCGCCGCCGCUGGUGGUGCGCGGCGACUUCCACCGCCAGCCCUUCGCCGCCGACACGUUCGAUUUCGAAUUCUCCAACGUGUUUGACCACGCCCUCUACCCCGACAAAUUCGUCGGGGAGAUCCAACGGACGCUGAAGCCUGGCGGGGUUUGCGUCCUACACGUGUCGGUCACUAAGCAAACUGAUAAAUACUCCGCCAACGAUUUGUACAGCAUCGAGCCAUUGAAGAAACUGUUCAACCAGUCCGAGUUGGUUCGGACUCGGACCAUAGACGGGUUCGGGUUGGAUACGGAAGUAGUUUUUAGGAAAAAGAAGACCCAAUCCCAACGGUGACGAUAAUCUCUUAGUUUUUAUUUUUUAUAUUUUAUUUUUAUUUUUGAAUACAGUUGGGAUUCUUUUCUUUUGUUUUCUGGCAAAUUAAAUUGGGUUUUGCUUUUGUAUGUACCUUUUGACUUGUAUUACUUUAAUUAAAGGGACAAAGCAAUUUAAUUUUUAAUAAUAAUUAAGUAUUUCCUUUUUAUUU